AUGGGUAUUUUAAAUUUAUCGAAAUUAUUAGCUGAUAUAGCCCCCCAGGCACUAAAGGAACAUGAACUCAAAACAUAUUUUGGUCGUAAAGUUGCUAUUGAUGCUUCUAUGUGCCUUUAUCAGUUUCUAAUAGCAGUCCGAACGGAGGGAAACCAACUUACCUCUGCAGAUGGAGAAACCACAUCACAUCUACUUGGUACAUUCUAUAGAACUAUUCGCUUAAUAGAAAACGGCAUCAAACCAGUAUACGUUUUUGAUGGAAAACCUCCACAAAUGAAAUCAGGAGAGCUUAACAAAAGACACGAAAAGAGAGUCGAAGCACAAAAAGCAUUAGAAAAAGCCACUGAAGCAGGUGAUGUGGGGGAGAUUGAUAAAUUUAAUAAGAGACUUGUUAAAGUUACAAAACUUCACUCUGAAGAAGUAAAAAAGUUACUGAAAAUGAUGGGAGUACCUUAUGUAGAUGCACCUUGUGAGGCUGAAGCUCAGUGUGCAGCUUUGGUCAAGGCUGGGAAGGUAUAUGCAGCUGCAACGGAAGAUAUGGAUGCAUUAACAUUUGGUUCAAAGGUUCUUUUGAGACAUUUGACUUUUAGUGAAGCUAGAAAAAUGCCAAUUCAAGAAAUUCAUUUAGACAAAGUUCUUGAAGGCUUAGAAGUGACUCAAAAUGAAUUCAUUGACCUGUGUAUUCUGUUAGGAUGUGAUUAUACAGACAGUAUUAGGGGAAUUGGACCAAAGAGAGGUUUAGAAUUAAUUAGAAAACAUAAGAGCAUUGAAAAUAUCCUUGAAUCUAUUGAUACAGAAAAGUAUCCGGUUCCUGAAAACUGGAAUUUUAAAGGAGCUAGAGAACUUUUCCAGGAACCUGACAUUGCUGAUGCUGAAAAUAUCGAGAUGACAUGGGGUGAACCAGAUGAAGAUGCCAUGGUAAAAUUUUUGUGCGAAGAAAAAAAUUUCAGUGAAGAGAGAGUUAGAAAUGGUUGUAAAAAACUCUUAAAGGCUAAAGGUGGCAGUGUCCAAGGAAGAUUAGAUGGAUUCUUUACGGUCCUCUCUACUACCCCAGCUAAAAGGAAAGUGGAAGACAAGAAAAAUACUCCAAACAAAAGAGGAAAGGGUACAAAAGGAAGAGGCAGAGGUCCAAAAUAA